UUUGCGGAAGCGAAUAGUUCAAAACAGUGGGCGACUCCUGUUUUACUCUCAUUCUUGUUUAAACUUCACUGGAGUAUUCAGCUUAUCAUUUAUUUUCAAUCAUAGAUUAAGAUCUAUAAACUUACUCGGUUAUAAUCUACACUUUCUGGACUUGUUUGAAAUUUGUAGCAGACAAAAUUCUCCCAUUCUUUCAACCAUGAGAAAACACCUGUUAGCUCUGGAUGGUAAUGAACAAGCUAAUUAUGCUUUUAAUUGGUACCUGCAGAACUUCUACAGGCCAGAUGACCAGGUGGUGAUCUUCCACUGCUCCCAGUUCCAGCUUGGGGUGGCCCUGCCUGGUGCGGCCGUCAACGUGGACAGUGUCAGCAAACAGGUGCAGGAGGCCGUCAAGAAAGCUGACCAGAUCACCUGCAGUGCUAACGAGGUGCUCAAAUCUAAAGGCAUCAAAGGCUACAUUGUGAUCAAGUCCGGCAUGAAGCCAGACGAGGCCAUUCUGCAGGCAGCGGACGAGGAGAAAGUGGACCAGAUCUUUAUGGGGACCCGCGACAUGGGUACCAUCCAGCGGGUCUUUGUGGGCAGUGUGAGCACCUCUGUGGUCCGUAAUGCCAAGGUCCCUGUCACCAUUGUCAAGAUGCCUCACUGAUAAAUUAUGUUUUGUUUCACCACGUCUUAGACAGAUUUUUGCAUUUCUGUUUUAUUUUCAACAUUUUUUUUUUCUAAUGGCAUUUAAAAGUAUGAACAUAUAAUUAAGAUAUUUUUUUUAUACUUGUAUUGAAGAACCACAACUCUUCAUGAUUUUUUAAUUUUUUAAAUUAUGAUGUAUUAUAUUUGUUUGAUUUGUACAAGCCUUUCUAUAAAGUCAUGGGCAUCUGAAUGUUGAAUUGUGGAGAUGUGGAGGUGUGACUGUGUUAAGUAAUUAUGACCUAGUCAUGUCCAUUGUUAACUUGACCCUUAGGAAUCUCAAGACAGUGCAGUAACUGUCUAGACAGUGCAGUAAAUGUAAAGAAAGUGCAGUAACUCAAAUUUGAAGAAAGGUCUUUGAAAAAUAAUAAUUUUAAAACUACUAAAAUAAUUUUUAAAAAAAAAUUUUUUUAAUGUUAUUUGAAUAAUUUUCUUCUUCAUGUGCAUGUUGAAGAUUAUUUUUUUUUUACUUCUUUUCUUUGACAUAUACUUGAAGGUUGGUUGUUUUAAUUACUAAAUUUAAAAUUUGUAAAAUACCAUGCAUUAAAAUGAGGGGUGUCACUUUUGUGUAGACAAUAACUACACUACAUUUUUUUUUUAUUAAAACACUAAGAUUUUAUACUUUACAUUUCAUAUUCUUAAAAUAAUUUAAACUGAGAACCCACUUAUGUAUUGGUACUAAAAUGUACCAGUUUUUUUUUUCUUUUAUGAAGUAGAUAUAGGUGGUACAACAUAUUUGUUAUAUGAAUUAGUUCCUAUAUAUCUUUAUGAAAUAAAUGUCAUGAGUAGAUGGAAGAAAUAUCAGUGCUGUUUUGUGCAUGGUGAGUUUAGAGACUGCAUACAUUUCAUGUUAAUUUUUAAUUACACACAACACUUCAACCAUUUCUGUGUGUAAAUCGUUGACUUGAAAAUGUUGAGAUUUUUUUUGUUUUCUAAAAAGUGUGAUCAGUUUCUGAUGGGGAACAAUUCAUGGGCUGCUGCGGACAGACUGAAGUGUACAUUAGGGCACCACUUGACCACUUACCUGACCAGUACCUGAUUUUUCACAUGCUCGCUGCGAGUUGUUUACUGUUGUUGAUGUGUGAUGAUGACUGGUUUCACAUGUUUGAUUAGUUAGAUUAGAUGAUCUUCUGUUCUUAAUUUUUAAAUAUUUGA